UCUCUUUCCCAUUAUCUGUUUUGUGUUAGGGAAGAGCUGUGCUGUAAAAAGAGUUUACAGUAUUGAGUGUGCCAUCCUUUGCUUGACUACGAUCCUGUGAAAGCAUGGGGACGGUAGAAAAGGUGUUAUGCAGAAUGUUGCUGUUGCUUCUUUUACUGCAGUGUGGAAUAGGUUGGACGCAAGAAGCAGUAAGUCCUCCAGAUUUUAUAGAAAGUACCUGUUUCUCCAGCAUAUUUUGGAUGAAGCUAGACAAGUCCUUUCUUCAGAAGAAGUUUUUCAAAAUAGAAGUAAUUGAUCCAUCUGGUGUCCCAUUCUUGGUCGACCAGAUGUUGGGAGCUCGUUGUGGCUAUACUCUGUCAAAGGAUGUGUGGGGAAACCCUAUCUUCCGGGCAUCUUUCCUUGGCUGCCAUGUUAUAAAUGAGAAAGAUGAAAAGUUCUCUCUCACUGUAAACAUCCAAGUGUCAUUAUUUGAAGACCUGAGGGCAGCUACAAUUUACCAGCAUCCCAUGCACUGCUCUUAUUCCUCAUGGGCUCCAAGGGAAAUUCUGUGUGAAGAGAAUUACAUGGAGGUGUCAGUGAAGACUGAUAUUCCAGGGAUUUCAGAGGCUAAGACAGCAGAAUGGAUGUCAGCUCUACCAGAGGCACAAAAGGUUAUGUAUCAGAUGUGGAAGUUGAUGUUCAAUUCUCCAUCAGGGACAAAAACAACAGGAGUGAGUGAUGCUGACAAGUUAGGCUACAGCUUCAAUAAUACACUGGCAAGAGUGUUCCUCCGCUCUCCAUACUCCACAAGUGAAACUGAAAAUACAGUGGUUAACGGGGUCACUAUGAGCACAAUCACCUCCAGAUCAAGGUACCAACAAAGAUGGCUACUUCUGCUGAUUGAUACCACUGUAUCAUGCCCAGUUGGCAAGUAUUUUUCUCCUCCUAUCAUGAAAAUUCAUGGUUUAUUCAAUGGUGCCAGCUUCACAGAUGCUUCCAUAAUAUGGACUGUACCAACUAUUAUCCCUAGACUGGUCCUUCAAGAAUCCACUUUCACAUCCCUUAAUGUAUCAGUGGGAGUCAAUGGGGAAAAAAUAGAGAACCCUGAGAAGCUCAACUACACACUGGAACGUAACAUCACACAUAUUGGAGUAACUAUCCCAAUUGGAGCCCCUAGGGGCAGACUUCAGAGCACAGUAUCUAAUGGUGUCCAUGGAGUGACCUACAGUAUUGAUCUAUUGAUGGAACAUACUUGGAUGGAUACAGAUUGGCAGCUCACCAAGUACAUUGUGAUUAAACCAAUUACUAUACCCUUCCUGCCUCGAAUACCAACCGUAAUCAAUAAUACAAUUCCAGAAACACGAAUAUUCGACGUAUUCUUGGGGGUCUUUCUUCCUGAUGUCAGUCUGGUGACUCUUACAGUAGGAGAUGUGACUUUCUCUCUCAAGGAAGCAGAAUCAAAAGGCUACAGGGUCUCCGAUAUUCCCUUCCCCAAUGGAACAAGAGGUUUUGAACUGGAAGUGCCUUUUGACGACCCCAAUGUCCUAAAAGAAUAUGUGAACAGAAAUGAAACUAGAUAUCACCUCCAAGUAAUCUACACUCUGAACGUGGGUCUUGAGGAGAAGCUGUAUCGCCAUCCUGCAGACAUUGAAUGUGUAUUGGCAGAUAUUCAAUUACCAGAAGGCAUUGGAUACUGCGACAAAGAGAAUAUAUAUUUAGCUGUUACAAUUGCAGGCCUGUUUCAGUACUGGAGCCUUUGUGUAGGCAAUACCCCUUUGAAUCAGAGCACUGCCCAUACAAAUGGGUAUUUUAUCACUACAAAUGAUACUCAUCUAGUAUUGCAAGUGCCUCUCUUUGCUCCUGGGAUGAUCUAUGAGGAAGUGUCCUUUGAGAGAAUCCAAGCUAGAUUUGAUCUAGUCUUGAAGAAAAUGGUCACUCUAGAGACCCUGAAUACCUUUUCCAUUAGGUGCAAUUUUCAUUCCUCAGAAUUCAUAGUGUGCUAUCCUAAUGGAACUGUAAUCGUAUUGGCUCACAUGAAGACAGUUCCAUCCAUUGACAUGGGCAAAACAAGACUGAAGAAUAAUAUCUGUAGGCCUCAAAAGCACACAAAGGACCAAGCUUUAUUUCAGUUUCAAGUGUCUACUUGUGGCACUUCCCUAAAGUUUGAUGAUGAUCACCUUAUUUAUGAAAAUGAAAUAUCCUUUGAAAAAGAAACCCUUCCAAUACGGAAUCCACCAAUUAUCACAAGGGAUCCAGAAUACAGGCUGACUAUCUUGUGCUACUAUCCGAUCAAAGAGACCCUGAUGCAAAGUGCUGUGUUCUACGGCUCCUCAUCUAGAACAUUACCUUUUGGUUCUGGCACAAUGAUGUCUUGGCCUAAUAAGGAAGGCCUUAUAAGAGCAAGGCAAGUUCUGAAUAUCCAAGCAAAUAUGUUCAAAGAUGAAUCCUUCACGGAAGCUUAUAAGUAUCAUUCACUAGUUAUCAAGCGUUCAUGGGAACCUCUGUUUUUUGAAGUAGAAUUAAAGGAUGAAGCUCCUAAUGUUGAACUAUUUUUGGAAAACUGCUGGAUGGCGCAAUCUGAAGACAUCAACAGCAUUCCUCAGUGGAACUUCAUCGUAAAUGGGCAAGUAGCACCCCAGAAUUAUUUGCAAUUAUUUUGGUUAAAUCUAUAGACUAACAGGGUUUUUCUCACCCUACCAAAUAGAUGUGAAAACAAAAGCUAUGGAUCUGUAAUCUUCUCUCCAGUAAUGACAAGCAAUCGAAUAAAACACCCUAAUCACUUCAAAAGGGUGAGGAUACAGCAUCUGACUCUUCCUCUGACAGAGGUAUAUUUGCACUGCACAGCAACAACUGGCACUUGCUUUCAUGUGCCUAGUGGUGGACUUCCCUGUAAACCGUGUCCUCCUGGAAAAACAUUUGGUCAGGAUUCUGAAAUUUACCCUAAUCAUCAUGGUUAUGUAGUAGCUGGACCAGUCUCUAUCCUUCAGCAUGAGCAAUUUAAGGAAAUGGACACCAAAGGAAAUAAGAUGUAACCAUACCGUUUUAUUUACCAUAGCCAGCUUUACUUGGGAUUGUUAAAAUAUGUUUCACAUUUAACUCCCUAAUAAUAAAAGUUUCGUUAAUUAAAAA